GCGCCUUCUCUGCCCUACCCCGGUCUAGGCGAGGUUGGAAAGUACUGGAAAUUCAACUGCGUGGUCUCUAACUUUGGAAAUUGGCUCUUCACUCCCGGCAAGACGUGAAGGCGAUUCUUGUGCCCCGGUCCAUGUGGAUGACAGUGUAACUCAGGGGGGACUGAGCGCACUCACCAAACUGCUCCAAUCGCCCACCCAGGCCCUGCCCCCCUCCCCAUCCCCGGCGAGAAGGUUUGUAGAGAUGCAGUUAACCGUGAGCUACGAACGCAGCAAAAGGGGCGCAGGAAAGCAGCCGAGGUUUUGCCGGAAUCUGCGUACACACUUGGCGUUUGACUAGCUCAGGAGGUCGCUCUGCUGCUUUGUAGAACGCGCCGGUGGGGCAGCUCGCGAUCCCGAGGGCCCCGGGCAGAGGGUGCCCAUGUGUUGAGCUGCGCGACCCCGUAGCGAGCGAGAUCGCGGACAAUUAUAUAAGCAGCCUCGGUGUUUACCCAGAGCUGUGACACCAGCACUCGGCUGUGGAAAGACAAGCCUGAAAGUUUUCCUGCUUGGGGAACAUGGAAACACUGAGAAUCAGAGAGGGCUAGCGAUCUCUGGGAUACUCGAUCAGUAGAAAGGACUCCUCCCUGUCCUCCAGGACCCGAUGGCCGUGGAGAGAGGGCUACAGGGCCCGCGGAUGCUGUGGACUUUUCGGAUCAUGCUGACAUGGAGCCAGACCACUUGGCCCUGAGUGCAGCAAGGACCCAGCUGGUGGAUGUGGAAGAGCGUGGGCCGGAGGCCAUGGACGUGAAGGAGAGAAAGCCUUAUCGCUCCCUAACCCGGCGCCGCGAUGCCGAGCGCCGCUACACCAGCUCCUCUGCUGACAGUGAGGAGGGCAAAGCACCCCAGAAGUCCUACAGCUCCAGUGAGACCCUGAAGGCCUACGACCAGGAUGCCCGCCUUGCCUAUGGCAGCCGCGUCAAGGACAUGGUGCCGCAGGAAGCGGAAGAGUUCUGCCGUGCAGGAGCCAACUUCAGCCUGCGGGAGCUGGGGCUGGGCGAGGUGACGCCCCCUCAUGGAACCCUCUACCGGACAGACGUGGGACUCCCCCACUGCGGCUACUCCAUGGGGGCCAGCUCCGACGCCGACCUGGAGGCGGACACCGUGCUGUCCCCUGAGCACCCCGCGCGGUUGUGGGGCCGGAGCACACGGUCGGGGCGCAGCUCCUGCCUGUCCAGCCGGGCCAACUCCAAUCUCACCCUCACCGACACUGAGCACGAGAACACCGAGGCCGGUGCGCCCUUGCAUUGUUCAUCCGCUUCAUCAACCCCUAUUGAGCAGUCCCCCUCCCCGCCCCCCUCCCCUCCGGCCAAUGAGAGCCAGAGGCGGUUGCUAGGCAACGGUGUGGCCCAGCCAACCCCGGACUCAGACUCUGAGGAAGAGUUUGUCCCUAAUUCAUUCUUAGUUAAAAGUGGCUCCGCCAGCCUGGGGGUCGCAGCAAACGAUCACCCAGGCGGCCUGCAGAACCACCCCCGGCUUCGGACGCCGCCCCCGCCGCUCUCACACGCCCACACCCCCAACCAGCACCACGCGGCCUCCAUCAACUCCCUGAACCGGGGCAACUUCACUCCGCGGAGCAACCCCAGCCCGGCCCCGACAGACCACUCGCUCUCCGGAGAGCCCCCCGCCAGCAGCGUCCAGGAGCCCACCCACGCCCAGGACAACUGGCUGCUCAACAGUAACAUCCCGCUGGAGACCAGAAACCUAAGCAAGCAGCCAUUCCUAGGGACAUUGCAGGACAACCUCAUUGAGAUGGACAUUCUCAGCGCCUCCCGCCAUGAUGGGGCUUACAGUGACGGGCACUUCCUUUUCAAGCCUGGCGGGACCUCUCCACUCUUCUGCACCACGUCCCCAGGGUACCCCCUGACGUCCAGCACCGUGUAUUCGCCUCCACCCCGGCCCCUGCCCCGCAGCACAUUUGCCCGGCCGACCUUUAACCUCAAGAAGCCCUCCAAGUACUGCAACUGGAAGUGCGCAGCCCUGAGUGCCAUCGUCAUCUCGGCCACGCUUGUCAUCCUGCUGGCAUACUUCGUGGCCAUGCACCUGUUUGGCCUAAACUGGCACCUGCAGCCGAUGGAGGGGCAGAUGUAUGAGAUCACGGAGGACACAGCCAGCAGUUGGCCUGUGCCAACGGACGUCUCCCUGUAUCCCUCGGGGGGCACUGGCUUAGAGACCCCUGACAGGAAAGGCAAAGGAGCCACAGAAGGAAAACCCAGUAGUUUCUUUCCAGAGGACAGUUUUAUAGACUCUGGAGAAAUCGAUGUGGGGAGACGGGCUUCCCAGAAGAUUCCUCCUGGCACCUUCUGGAGAUCUCAGGUGUUCAUAGACCAUCCUGUGCAUCUGAAGUUCAACGUGUCUCUGGGAAAGGCAGCACUGGUUGGCAUUUAUGGCAGAAAAGGCUUUCCUCCUUCACACACUCAGUUUGACUUUGUGGAGCUGCUAGAUGGAAGGAGGCUCCUGACCCAGGAGGCACGGAGCCUGGAAGGACCCCAGCGCCAGUCUCGGGGUGGCGUACCUCCCUCCAGCCAUGAGACCGGCUUCAUCCAGUACCUGGAUUCGGGAAUUUGGCACCUGGCCUUUUACAAUGAUGGGAAGGAGUCCGAAGUGGUUUCUUUUCUCACCACUGCCAUUGAAUCAGUGGAUAACUGCCCCAGCAAUUGCUAUGGCAACGGCGACUGCAUCUCAGGCACCUGCCACUGCUUCCUGGGCUUCCUGGGCCCCGACUGCGGCAGAGCCUCUUGCCCCGUGCUCUGCAGUGGGAACGGCCAGUACAUGAAGGGCAGGUGCCUGUGCCACAGUGGCUGGAAGGGAGCGGAGUGCGACGUGCCCACCAACCAGUGCAUCGACGUGGCCUGCAGCAAUCAUGGUACCUGUAUCAUGGGCACCUGUAUCUGCAACCCUGGCUACAAGGGCGAGAGCUGUGAAGAAGUGGACUGCAUGGACCCCACGUGUUCGGGCCGGGGUGUUUGCGUGAGAGGCGAGUGUCACUGCUCCGUAGGAUGGGGAGGCACCAACUGCGAGUCGCCCAGGGCCACAUGCUUGGACCAGUGUUCAGGCCAUGGAACCUUUCUCCCAGACACCGGGCUUUGCAGCUGUGACCCAAGCUGGACUGGACACGACUGUUCUAUUGAGAUCUGCGCUGCGGACUGUGGCGGCCAUGGUGUCUGCGUGGGGGGCACCUGUCGCUGCGAGGAUGGCUGGAUGGGGGCAGCGUGUGACCAGCGAGCCUGCCACCCGCGCUGUGCCGAGCAUGGGACCUGCCGGGACGGCAAGUGCGAGUGCAGCGUGGGCUGGAACGGCGAGCACUGCACCAUUGAGGGUUGCCCUGGGUUGUGCAAUGGUAACGGCAAAUGUACUUUGGACCUGAAUGGGUGGCAGUGCGUCUGCCACCUGGGCUGGAGAGGAGCUGGCUGUGACACUUCGAUGGAAACCGCCUGUGGAGACAGCAAAGACAAUGAUGGAGAUGGCUUGGUGGACUGCAUGGACCCUGACUGCUGCCUGCAGCCCCUCUGCCAUAUCAACUCGUUGUGCCUGGGCUCCCCCGACCCUCUGGACAUCAUCCAAGAGACAAAGACCCCUGUGUCCCAGCAGAACCUGCACUCCUUCUAUGACCGCAUCAAGUUCCUUGUGGGCAGGGACAGCACACACAUCAUCCCCGGGGAGAAUCCCUUUGAUGGAGGGCAUGCGUGUGUCAUUCGUGGUCAAGUGAUGACAUCAGAUGGGACCCCUCUGGUCGGUGUGAACAUCAGUUUCGUCAAUAACCCUCUCUUUGGAUACACAGUCAGCAGGCAAGAUGGCAGCUUUGACUUGGUCACAAAUGGUGGCAUCUCCAUCAUCCUGAGGUUCGAGCGGGCACCUUUCAUCACCCAGGAGCACACCCUCUGGCUACCCUGGAAUCGUUUCUUUGUCAUGGAAACCAUUGUCAUGAGGCAUGAGGAGAAUGAGAUUCCUAGCUGUGACCUUAGCAACUUCGCUCGCCCUAACCCGGUCGUGUCUCCAUCCCCACUGACAUCCUUCGCCAGCUCCUGUACAGAGAAAGGUCCUAUCGUGCCAGAAAUUCAGGCUCUGCAGGAGGAAAUUGCCAUCUCGGGCUGCAAGAUAAGACUGAGCUACCUGAGCAGCCGCACACCAGGCUACAAGUCCGUCCUGAGGAUCAGCCUCACCCACCCUACAAUCCCCUUCAACCUCAUGAAGGUCCACCUCAUGGUGGCGGUUGAGGGCCGCCUCUUCCGAAAGUGGUUUGCUGCGGCACCAGAACUAUCCUAUUAUUUCAUCUGGGACAAGACAGAUGUCUACAACCAGAAGGUGUUUGGGCUCUCUGAAGCCUUCGUUUCCGUGGGUUAUGAAUACGAGUCCUGCCCAGAUCUGAUUCUGUGGGAAAAAAGAACAGCAGUGCUGCAGGGUUAUGAAAUCGAUGCAUCCAAGCUUGGAGGGUGGAGCCUGGACAAGCAUCAUGCCCUCAACAUCCAAAGUGGCAUCCUGCACAAAGGGAAUGGGGAGAACCAGUUUGUGUCUCAGCAGCCGCCCGUCAUCGGCAGCAUCAUGGGUAACGGGCGCCGGAGAAGCAUCUCUUGCCCCAGCUGCAAUGGCCUUGCUGAUGGUAACAAGCUCCUGGCCCCUGUGGCCCUCACUUGUGGCUCCGAUGGGAGCCUCUAUGUGGGUGACUUCAACUACAUCCGCAGGAUCUUCCCCUCUGGAAACGUCACCAACAUCCUGGAGCUGAGUCACAGUCCAGCACAUAAGUACUACCUGACCACAGACCCCAUGAGCGGGGCCGUCUUCCUUUCUGAUACCAACAGCCGGCGGGUUUUUAAGAUCAAGUCCACCGCGGUGGUGAAGGACCUUGUCAAGAACUCCGAGGUGGUGGCAGGGACUGGUGACCAGUGCCUCCCCUUUGAUGACACUCGCUGCGGGGAUGGUGGGAAGGCCACAGAAGCCACACUUACCAACCCCAGGGGCAUUACAGUGGACAAGUUUGGGCUGAUUUACUUCGUGGAUGGCACCAUGAUCAGACGCAUUGAUCAGAAUGGGAUCAUCUCUACCCUGCUGGGCUCUAAUGAUCUCACAUCAGCCCGGCCCCUCAGCUGCGAUUCUGUCAUGGAUAUUUCUCAGGUUCGCUUGGAGUGGCCCACAGACUUAGCCAUCAACCCAAUGGACAACUCUCUUUAUGUCCUGGACAACAACGUGGUCCUGCAGAUCUCUGAGAACCACCAGGUGCGCAUUGUCGCAGGAAGGCCCAUGCACUGCCAGGUCCCUGGCAUCGACCACUUCCUGCUGAGCAAGGUGGCCAUCCAUGCAACCCUGGAGUCAGCCACUGCUUUGGCUGUUUCACAUAAUGGGGUCCUAUAUAUUGCUGAGACUGAUGAGAAAAAGAUCAACCGCAUCAGGCAGGUCACCACUAGUGGAGAGAUCUCGCUGGUUGCUGGGGCCCCCAGUGGCUGUGACUGUAAAAAUGAUGCCAACUGUGAUUGUUUCUCUGGAGAUGAUGGUUAUGCCAAGGAUGCAAAACUUAAUACCCCAUCUUCCCUGGCUGUGUGUGCUGAUGGGGAGCUCUACGUGGCUGACCUGGGGAACAUCCGAAUUCGGUUUAUCCGGAAGAACAAACCUUUCCUCAACACCCAGAACAUGUAUGAGCUGUCUUCACCCAUCGACCAGGAGCUAUACCUGUUUGAUACCAGUGGCAAGCAUCUGUACACCCAGAGCCUGCCCACAGGAGACUACCUGUACAACUUCACCUAUACUGGGGACGGUGAUAUCACCCUCAUCACAGACAACAAUGGCAAUAUGGUGAAUGUCCGCCGAGAUUCCACAGGGAUGCCCCUCUGGCUGGUGGUCCCCGAUGGCCAGAUAUACUGGGUGACUAUGGGCACCAACAGUGCACUCCGAAGUGUGACCACACAGGGACACGAGUUGGCCAUCAUGACCUACCAUGGCAAUUCUGGCCUUCUGGCAACCAAAAGCAAUGAAAAUGGAUGGACAACAUUUUAUGAGUACGACAGUUUUGGCCGCCUGACAAAUGUGACCUUCCCCACUGGCCAAGUGAGCAGUUUCCGAAGUGACACAGACAGCUCCGUUCAUGUCCAGGUAGAGACCUCCAGCAAGGAUGAUGUCACCAUAACUACCAACCUGUCUGCGUCAGGUGCCUUCUAUACUCUACUGCAAGACCAAGUCCGGAACAGCUACUACAUUGGUGCCGAUGGCUCCCUGAGGCUGCUGUUGGCCAAUGGCAUGGAGGUGGCACUGCAGACCGAGCCCCACCUGUUGGCCGGCACAGUUAACCCCACUGUGGGCAAGAGGAAUGUUACGCUGCCCAUCGACAACGGCCUCAACCUGGUGGAGUGGCGGCAGCGCAAGGAGCAGGCUCGUGGCCAGGUCACCGUCUUUGGGCGCCGGCUGAGGGUUCACAACCGAAACCUCCUGUCUCUGGACUUUGACCGUGUGACACGCACAGAGAAGAUCUAUGAUGACCACCGCAAGUUCACCCUUCGGAUCCUCUAUGAUCAGGCAGGGAGGCCCAGCCUCUGGUCACCCAGUAGUAGACUGAAUGGUGUCAACGUUACAUACUCCCCUGGGGGCCAUAUUGCCGGCAUCCAGAGGGGCAUCAUGUCUGAGAGAAUGGAAUACGACCAGGCCGGUCGCAUCACAUCCAGGAUCUUUGCUGAUGGGAAGACAUGGACCUACACAUACUUAGAGAAAUCCAUGGUGCUGCUCCUCCACAGCCAGAGGCAGUACAUCUUUGAAUUUGACAAGAACGACCGCCUCUCCUCUGUGACAAUGCCCAAUGUGGCCCGGCAGACGCUAGAGACCAUUCGUUCUGUGGGCUACUACAGGAACAUCUAUCAGCCGCCUGAGGGCAAUGCCUCGGUCAUACAGGACUUCACAGAGGAUGGCCACCUGCUCCACACCUUCUAUUUGGGCACUGGCCGCAGGGUAAUUUAUAAAUACGGCAAGCUAUCCAAGCUGGCUGAGAUGCUGUACGACACCACCAAGGUGAGCUUUACCUACGAUGAGACAGCAGGCAUGCUGAAGACUGUCAACCUGCAGAAUGAAGGCUUCACCUGCACCAUCCGCUACCGUCAGAUUGGGCCCUUGAUUGACCGACAGAUCUUCCGCUUUACCGAGGAAGGCAUGGUCAAUGCCCGUUUUGAUUACAAUUAUGACAACAGUUUCCGGGUGACCAGCAUGCAGGCUGUGAUCAAUGAGACCCCGCUACCUAUCGAUCUCUACCGCUAUGACGAUGUAUCAGGCAAGACUGAGCAGUUUGGGAAAUUUGGUGUCAUCUACUAUGACAUUAACCAGAUCAUUACCACAGCCGUCAUGACCCACACCAAGCACUUCGACGCAUACGGCAGGAUGAAGGAAGUGCAGUAUGAGAUUUUCCGCUCGCUCAUGUACUGGAUGACCGUACAGUAUGACAACAUGGGGCGGGUAGUGAAAAAAGAGCUGAAGGUGGGACCCUAUGCCAACACCACCCGCUACUCCUAUGAGUACGAUGCUGAUGGCCAGCUCCAGACAGUCUCCAUCAAUGACAAGCCACUCUGGCGCUACAGCUAUGACCUCAAUGGGAACCUGCACUUACUGAGCCCUGGGAACAGUGCACGGCUCACCCCACUCCGCUAUGACAUCCGUGACCGCAUCACUAGGCUAGGUGAUGUGCAGUACAAAAUGGAUGAGGAUGGCUUCCUGAGGCAGCGGGGUGGGGAUGUCUUCGAGUACAACUCAGCAGGUCUGCUCAUCAAGGCCUACAACCGGGCUGGCGGCUGGAGUGUCCGGUACCGCUAUGACGGCCUAGGGCGGCGGGUGUCCAGCAAGAGCAGCCACAGCCACCACUUACAGUUCUUCUAUGCAGAUCUGACCAACCCCACCAAGGUCACCCACCUCUACAAUCACUCCAGCUCUGAGAUCACGUCCCUCUACUAUGACCUGCAAGGGCACCUCUUUGCCAUGGAGCUGAGCAGUGGUGAUGAGUUUUACAUAGCUUGUGACAACAUUGGAACCCCUCUCGCUGUCUUCAGUGGAACGGGCUUGAUGAUCAAGCAGAUCCUAUACACGGCUUAUGGGGAGAUUUACAUGGACACCAACCCCAACUUCCAGAUCAUCAUCGGCUACCAUGGUGGCCUCUAUGACCCACUCACCAAGCUCGUCCACAUGGGCCGACGGGACUAUGAUGUGAUGGCUGGACGCUGGACUAGCCCAGAUCACGAGCUGUGGAAGCACCUUAGUAGCAACAGCAUUAUGCCUUUUAAUCUCUACAUGUUUAAGAACAAUAACCCCAUCAGCAACUCUCAGGACAUCAAGUGCUUCAUGACAGAUGUCAACAGCUGGCUGCUCACAUUUGGAUUCCAGUUGCACAACGUGAUCCCUGGCUACCCCAAACCAGACAUGGACGCCAUGGAACCAUCCUACGAGCUCAUGCACACACAGAUGAAAACUCAGGAAUGGGACAACAGCAAGUCUAUCCUUGGAGUACAAUGUGAAGUGCAGAAACAGCUCAAGGCUUUCGUCACCUUAGAACGCUUUGACCAGCUCUACGGCUCCACAGUCACCAGCUGCCAGCAGACCCCAGAGACAAGGAAGUUUGCAUCCAGCGGCUCAGUCUUUGGCAAAGGGGUCAAGUUUGCCUUGAAGGAUGGUCGAGUGACCACAGACAUCAUCAGCAUGGCCAACGAGGAUGGGCGGAGGGUUGCUGCCAUCCUGAACAAUGCCCACUACUUAGAGAACCUGCACUUCACCAUCAAUGGGGUAGACACACACUACUUUGUGAAACCAGGGCCUUCAGAGGGUGACCUGGCCAUCCUGGGCCUCAGUGGGGGUCAGCGAACCCUAGAGAAUGGGGUCAAUGUGACAGUGUCGCAGAUCAACACCAUGCUCAAUGGCAGGACUAGACGCUACACAGACAUCCAGCUCCAGUAUGGGGCACUGUGCUUGAACACCCGCUACGGGACGACGCUGGAUGAGGAGAAGGCGCGGGUGCUGGAGCUGGCCCGGCAGAGAGCUGUGCGCCAGGCCUGGGCGCGAGAGCAGCAGAGACUGCAGGAAGGGGAGGAGGGCCUGCGGGCCUGGACAGAGGGGGAGAAGCAGCAGGUGCUGAACACAGGGCGGGUGCAAGGCUACGAUGGCUUCUUCGUGGUCUCCGUCGAGCAGUACCCGGAACUGUCAGACAGCGCCAACAACAUCCACUUCCUGAGACAGAGCGAGAUGGGCCGAAGGUGACAGAGAGGGCUAAGGCCGGGACUUCUUGCCAAAGACAGCUGCUCUUUUGUGGCCGCAUACCUGACUGUGUUGUACUUAAAAAAAAACAAAAACAAAAACAAAAAACCUUUUUUAAUAAGUGCAGAAAACAAAAAGACACUGGUUGCAUUAAUUCAUGCAACGUUCUUUUUUUUUAAGAAAAGAAAAACACAGAUUUGGCCUUCACACAUUUUUUGCAAAGAACAGAAGGUAUUUUUUUUUCUGUAGUGUGAUCACAAUGAAAACUUUACUGUCUUUUGUUCCUUUUUUCCUUAAGGAAUUUUCCCUGUUGUUUGGGGUACUUUUCUCUUUGGGAUACAAUCCCCUGGGAUGUGUCUUCACCCGUCGCAGGUACCCAGUGUGAUGUGAGACGCAAGUGUCUGUGCUGACUUGUCUCAUGUGCAGCCCUUUCUUCUUUGACUGGGGUCAGGCCGGAGUGAGGGGUGCUGAGAGUGACAGGCCCGUAGGACCUCAGGAACUUUGGCUAGGCCCCCACGAUGAGUGAUGGGUGCUUACUCACUGUGUUCUGUGCCUCUGGAGGAUGACAGAUGGCUUCAUCUUGCUCUGGAAAUUGUCAUGAUGUCACACAGCACCUUUCCAGACUGCCCCAAACUCCUGUCCAAGCUUUAUAUUUUGAUGCUAAAUGAAACCCCUCCUCCCUUUUGCAAAUCUCGUGUAGUUGUCGGUGCCAUCCCCAUUCUGGGAUAGAGGAAUUGUCCCUGCAUCCUUUCCCCAGUCUGGUGACAUAACAUCCUGGAGCUACGAGCCCCACCCUCUCCAAGAGGUGAAAGCACCCAGGAUGUCUGUGAUUGGUUGAUCCUCCACAAUGUCCCUUACUCAUCUCCUCCUCUCUCCCAAAGCCAGACGUGAGAACCAGCACUGCACAGCGAGCCCUCCGUGUGGGCACCAAGUCCGGGGAAGGGAAGGAUGCCCCCUCCCCAUGACUUUGGGUGCCUUCCCUCCACUGCUCAGCUGCCGCCCCUGAGAAAUAGAAGAAUAGCAAGAGGUGUUUGGUAGCCUUUGAUCCUAGAAAGAUACAAAAUAAAAAAGUCAGCCAAAGAGAGGAGUAAGCAAAGGCAUGAGCCAAGCAUCUUUCUAACCACCUCCUGGAGUUGCCUCUGCCUUCCCUGUGCAGGCUCAUCCCAGAACUGGGGAACAGCCCCCUGGGCCUUCAGGAAACCCCUUCUGUGAUCUUCCUCUAGAAAACAACUCCCCCUCUAGAGAAGCCCAACCAGGGUUUUGGUUUUUUGGGUUUUUUAAAAGAAAAAGAGAAAGGAGCUACUUUGGCCUGGCCUUUCAGUGGUGUACAACUCCACUACCAUCCGGGGCCAGUCCUGAGGCCAAUGCCCAUGGAACGGGAAGGGCAGACCAGCACUGUUCCUGUGAAGACCCGUGUCUGCAUCAUCAGGAAGAGGCUGGAGGCCUCUCAAGAGCAGGUACAGCCCAGGGCUGGAGGCUGCCCGGGGGAGGCAGCAGCCAGGAGACCAGGGAAGCAAGGAGGGCAAAGGAGGGCAGCAGCACGAGCUGGGAGCUCCUUGUUUGAGGAUCUCAUUCCUGGUUCAUCUGCCUAAUUACCAUUGUUAGGACCACUCACGGGAGGCUCUGGGAGACAGGAGGGGAAGCCAAACGCUUCCGUUUGAGCUAGGCUUCUUAGAAAAUGGGACUUUCUGGGUUACAUUUACAUUAAGUGUGGAAAAUGAAUUCUGAGUCUGAGCUAUUCCCCGUGGAAAUCUUGUUGGACUGAUAAGCUCAUGGCACCUUUAUAGCCUUACUCACAGAGUCUUCAGAAUGUGACACAAGUUAAUGGAGCCAAGAAGGUCUCUUACUGCGUGAGAAUCAGAGCAACAUGCGGUCCGGGUUCUGCCUGGCAGAGGGGGAGGUAUUCAGAGCUCUCGGGGAGGGGAGAUCUUGCCUUACUACAUCAUUAGAGGAUGUGUUUCGCUAAGUGCUCUUCCUGUUUCCAAAAAAAAGUCACACUGCCUCAACAGUGUGCUGUGGCCUGUUUGUCUGCUGGUUGCCCGUUGCCUCCGGAUCCAGAGCUCUGCUGAGUCAGAUUCACUGCUCCUCGGGCCCACUGCACAUGUCAUGCACCGCCUCCCUGGAUGGAAUGGAAAACAGUUUGGCCUGAAGAACACAAGUUCAGUUGUUUUUUUCUUUUUUAAUCCAAAAGAAAUUUAUGCCUCUCAAAAUGCACUCCUGCUAUGAGGGUCCUUGGGCAAACUUUCCUACCUGUGGACCUAGUUCAUCAGUCCCAUCUUGGCUGCCUCACCUCAGCUGGGGACGUCUACUUGGAGGUCAGAGACAACAUAUGGUUUAAGGGAGCCAUCUCCGGAUACCCCCAGCUCCUCUGUCCCUCCUCCACUGCCCCUUCCCUGAAAGAAUACAGUGGACUCAUUUUAAGGAUCAAAAGCACAGAGAAUUAUUAGGUGUUCCUUUAUUUAAAGGAAUAAUCCUAUAUAAAUCUUUCCUGGGCUGCGUGCCCAGCUUCUGCAGCCCCGAGCUUUAGAGAGGAACUGCGGGGUGGGCAGUACCAUGUCUCUCCGUUUUACACUGUGCUGUCAAAUGGAACAGAGGCUGUGGCCUUGGCCCUUUGAAGCUGCUUCCCAUGCAGGCUGGCAAGUGACUCAGGACCUCCCCUCUCCAUCUGUCCCCUGCGGAGACCAGCAGUUCUCAAUCUCAUGGCAAGGAUGAGUCCGAAGGCACACACCAGAGUUCUCUGUGCCUAUGUAGUGCACGCCGAACAUCAACUCCCAUCCUUGCUGGCACCUGCCCUUUUGGCAUUAAUCAAUCAAACAUCCAGUCAGUGAAGUCAGACCUCCUGCACUGCCCAGGUGCCUGAUUCUGCAAAAAGUUGGCUUCUACCCUAGAAGGUUUAUUUUAGAAAUAGUUCCUGCCUUCUCCUCUACCACCUGCAACUGCCAGGCAGCCUCUCUGCCACUACCUUAAUAAGACCUUAUUGAUUCCCCAACUUUGUGUUUUGGGGUUUUUUGGGGUUUUUUUUUUUUGAGACAGGUCCAGCCCAGUCUAGCCUCAAACCCCCAAGUACUAGGUCCCAACUUUGUCUUUUGUGUGAUAAGAUUUCCUUCUACCCAGCCUCUAGACAGACAUCGUUUGAAGGCAGGAUGGUGACAACAGGAGGGAGGGGAGGGACUCCAUGAAAUACCAACCUUUGACAGCCUCUGACACUGGCUUCAGAAGUGCUGGCCGAGAAGUAACCAAGGUCCACACCGGUGCCUGACUUCUACUUAGGGGUGGGGGUUUUGAAACAGUCCCUAAGAAACUGAGUAGAGGCUGAGAAUGGCCAGGAGACGUGCUUCCGGAUAACUAGGGCAGGGUGGGCCUGGAAGCAGAAGAUGAGGUUGAGGCGAGGAAGGUGAGUACACUGGGCAGUGCUUUGUAGACACAGAAAAAGGAGUCAGAAUUUUUAAGAAGAAGAAGAAAGGACCUUUUCAGCUGUGACUUUUAAGUCUCACCUUUCUGGACAGCAGUGAUUUCCAUUCUGCAUAGACAAGGCUUUCAGUGUGAAAUCUUAGAACUUAGUGUGGCCAUUGGCAGCUUUGUGUCGGCAGAUGCCCCUGGGGCGACAGCAGGGACCCUGAGCUUGGUGCCCAGGAGGAAGGAGCUUGCUGGCCCUCAGCAGGGUCCCGGGCAUGGGGGUUUGUUUGACUACCUGACACACAAAGUCCAGUCUGUUCUCCUUUCUUCACAGCAGCCACUACGCGAAGGAGGUGGCACCUAGUCCUGGUCGGGGACUCUGCUCCUGACGGGUCCCAGAAAGAACCCAGCUUUUCCUUUCCCUCAUUAGGACUAAAGCCUUCCAUGUAAAGCACAUUGUUCCCAGCUAGGGUCGCACACUUCUCUGUAGUCCGAGGCCCUUUUAUUUUACCUUCCCAAACAGCAAACUCAUUUUAAAGACUCAUUGCUCAGGUGACCGAAACUUUAUCCUCUCCAACCUUUGCAUUCUCAAAAACCAGCUUGGGACCUUGGCUGCCCCGUUAGUGGUGCACUCUGAGGUUUCAUUAGGGGUGUGAAAGAUCAGGGUCGGGGAGCCCUGGGUGGGGCCUAGGUCAUGUUUCCUUUCCCCUCUGAAAUGCCAAAGGCAUGAAACUGGGGGACCUUCUGGUCCCCAAGAAAAUGUGAUUUCUUCUGAGGGUAAACUGCCAGUGGAGGACUUGGCCCUCGGGCAGGCUCAGCUGUCCGGGCGGAAGCUGAGCAGGAGGUGUCUGGCAGUGCCCCAGCAGCCCCAGAUUCACCCACCACCAGAACCUCCCUUUUCUAAGUCUGCCUGUUGUUCUGAGGACUUCUGAACCUGCAGCUCUGGCAAAGGACUAUGCCGUGCUGCCUCUGGAUGACCAGCACUGGAGACUCUGGCCUUACCAUGUGCAAAUAGUUUUCCUGAAGUCUGGAACUAAUUUUGAGAAGUUUUUUUCUCAACACUUUUGUGUUUCUAACACUGUAUUCUUGACUGUGUAAAUACCAACAAGGCUGUAAAUAAACGCAGAUGUAGAUACCUUCUAGAAAAAAAAAAGCAUAAAAACAAAACCAGAAGUGAUCCCGUGUAGCCUUCGUUGACGAAAUAAAAGAAUAUUUUGUGUUUAAA